UCUUUAUUCAUCGUGUUUGGUAGUAUAUUGGCGUCGCUAGUAUCGUGCGGUUGAAAAUCCUACCAACCCGAUUUAUAUGAAAUACUUACUUACCUACAGUUUGAACAUACUAAUUUUUGUAGUUAAACAUUUUGAAUAUUUAUGAGUGAUUUAAUUUUAUUGAAAACAAAAAUCCAGUGAUUGUGAAACAAUAAAUUGUGUCAAAUUUGAAUGACACGUUAUACAUUUAAAAAUAAUAUUGAUAAUGUAAUCAUUGUUUUGUUACCCUCGGAGUUCACUGUUAUUAUUUAAUAAACGUGUUUUGCGCGAAAAAUAAAUAUUGUCUCUCCUCUGUACUUAUAAAAUAUAAAUAAAAAAAUAAGUUUAUUUGAUGGUCUCUCAAAUUUGCGAAGCUAUUAUCAUUUUUGCUGUUGUUGCUGAGUUAUCUCACUCGUUCGAAGUUAUAUCAAUAUUAUUUUGCGAGUGUUUGCUCCCCUUUUUGUAUAAUUUCUCUUAUAUUCUUAUGCCACUGUGUAAACUGUUUCAACUUGAAAAAUAAAAGUAAUAAUAAUAAAAUUAUAACAACAGCUGCUCUUGACAGAUAGCUAGAUAGUGCAGUGUAACGUGAGAAAGGUAGACGAGCGUGUAAUUUGCAAACAAAGGGUUUGCCCCAAACCUUCACCUUAAAAGUGUUUAUCUUGUGCAAAGUGCCAAUUCUAUUUAAGUUAUAAAAAUGGAGUGGAACCGACCAUUUAUUCAUUAGAUCAGUUAUUAAAAAUAAAUUUUGCACUAUCUCUAUAAAAAAAAAAAACAAAAAAUCAACAACAACUAAAAGUCUGUGUGUUCAGGGAAAAAAGUUCAAGAUUGCUAAUGUAAUGUUAAUAUCUAAACAAAAUUAAGAUUAGGGCGCCAUUCGAUCGUUGAUGUGUAUUCGCCUCAGCCUAAUUGAUUAAUCCACAAAUCACCACCACCGCCUUCGGUUCAUCAGAAAUCAGAUCACGACGACGAUAUCGCGCGGGGUUUCUUUCGCUUGCGCACGGGCAAUAAGACAUCACAACCACAAGCUGUCGUCGAAUCCGUGAAAUAUUUGCCAACUUUAUAUGCCUAUUUUUUGUUGUUGUGAUUUUUCAAUACCUUUGACGAUAAAUCAAAGACAACGACGACGCGAGCGACGUCAUGGUGGCAUAUAGCACGCCAUCAAUUCCAAUAAUGAAUGAUCCCCCCAAGUCACCAAACGUGCAAUCAAUCGAAAUUGAAUAAAACUUACAAAUACAAAAGCGCGACGAAAAAGCGACGGAACGGGACAACCAAAUCAAAAAAACAAACAAAAUAGCAAGCAAAACUCUUGGCAAACAGCCAAUUAGGAGCACACCUUUUUCCUUUUUCGGGAACCACAUAUACCUGAGUCUUGAAUCUCGAUCGAUACCGAAGCAAGAAACAAACAAACCGAAGACAAAAAAAUAACCAUACAUUUUAGAGCCAGAGCGCCAACAUUCCAAAUAUGGAAAUCAUUAAAAUUUAGGUUAAAGGGGUUGAAAACUGAAAAGUUGAGACUUGAAAUAUCAAAAAUAAAGAAAAAACUCUCCUAAGGCUCUUGGAGCCAGAGCACACACCGACAACGACGGCAACGACAUCUAGUGCCUCAAAGAUGAAUGUUUUUUUGACUUUGGAUCAUACUAAAUUUGAAUAUUUAGAUUAGAAUAUCUCCUCUGUUGCUGGCUCAAGGUGAAGAAGGCUUUAAGGCGAUCGAAGCAAAUAGAUACAUAGAUUUUUCUUUCGUUAUAAGAGAACGAAGAAAAACUCAAUUUUCCCAUCAGAUUUCCAGGAUAGAAAACGACGUCAUCCAGCGUUGUCGAUAAGAUGUCACAUUACAGUACGACAAAGCGAAAACGCCAUAACCAUUGUUGUGGGAGUAUCAGCUUGAUCAAGUGUAUGCUGCAUAUUUUUAACAUUGUCUUUCUGAUGUCAGGAGUUGUGGUAUAUGGAGUUGCUAUGUGGACGAUAUUUUGGAAAUUACACUAUGCUCCAUUAUUAGUGUCGAUAGCAUAUCAAGUUGGAACUUAUGGAUUGGCAGUUGCUGGAGCAUUGGCGAUAAUUGGUGGUUUUCUUGGAUGCUUUGGAAUAUUUUAUGAACAGAAAGUCAUUAUUUUGUUUUACACAUUCCUGCUGGUUCUAGUCUUCUUGCUUGAGCUGAUUAUUGGUGGUCUUGCAUAUUUCUAUGAAACACAACUUGAAGAUGAAUUAAAACGAACUCUUAACAAGACAUUUAUUUCAAGCUAUGGCAUCGAUGAAAGUCGAACAAUAGCAAUUGAUCGAAUGCAACAAGAGUACAAAUGUUGUGGUGCCAUUCGUUUCGAGGAUUGGAGAUCCAGCGAAUGGUUGUCUUCCAACCGAACAGAUUUAAUUCGACCUACAAACGGUCGAGUUGUACCCGAUUCCUGUUGCGUUACUUUAACGGAUAAUUGUGGACUUCGGGAUCAUCCGAGUAAUAUUCCUUAUACUGGCUGCAUCUAUCAAUUUUCUGACGAAAUGCGCCGACAUCUAAUCAUUCUCGGAGCCAUUGGUCUAGGCAUUUGCUUAAUUCACAUUAUCGGAAUGAUUUUGUCAUGUUGCUUAUAUGUGAAGCUUAAAGAUCCAGAUGAUGAUUGACAAUUACCUGCGGCUCGGGUCUACGAUUCAAGUUUCUUGAAUGACUUCAGUAGACCUGAGUCGCAGUUUUUACCAACAACUAGUACACCAAUAAAUACUGCCGCCACGUCUGAUGAUAUAAGUCUCAUUUAUGGCAAUGGAACGUGUCCGGUGCACACGACAAAAAAGCGAAUUCGUUUUGCUAACGGUACAAAUGGUGUAGGAAGUAGUAGCAUCAUCAGUAGUAACAAUCGUCGUUACGAUUCAAAUAAUAUUAUGGACGAUAGUAUACAUCCGAUGGAUGUGAGCUUAUAGAAAUAAUAAUAAAAUCUUUUUAAUUUGUUGUUAUUUCUUUUGUUCUUUUUAAAAAUUAAAAGCCAUAUCCGACGCACGGUUGUUGAUAAUUUUUGCUAUUGUAAUUAAUAAUUGUAUUUGCGUCACAUAAAUAUUGUACAUUUUUAAUAACACGUCUUCUUAAUAAAAAAACAACACACACACUUAAUGUCAAUGUGAUAUUUAAUUUUAAAUUAUAAAUUUUAAUAUGAAAAUAUUGUAAAUGCGUCUUUUUAGUUUUAAGAGUACGAAUAUAGUCAUAAUUAUAAAAUAAAAUGUUUUUCUAAAAAGCAACAUUUAGAAAUGUGUAUAAAAAGAUUAAAAAUAAUAAUUUUAUUUAUCUAGACCAGUACUUACAAAACUUUUAAUCUCCAUAACACCAGUUAAAUAAAAAAAGGUAUAAUUUAUUAUUUAAUAUCGUUUCUUUGUAAGCAAUUUAAAGUAUUUUCUGAUAAUCUCAUUCAAAUUAUUUUGCUGUUUUUGGUUUGCACGGUUAUGUUUUUGAAAUUGGUUCAAACACAUUCCAAUAUAUUUUAACCAUGAAAGAGAUUAUGGAAUAGAUCAAAUUUUGAACGUACCACA